AAGAAAGACAAUACCGUUCAGAAGAAUGCUGAAAAAUCUGUAGAACAAAUUGAGGCCGACUUGCAGCUUCCUCAGUCCUCUGAUGAAGAAGUUGAAGAACAAAAUGACGAAGAUGAAGAAGACCAAGAUGUGUCUGAAUUAUCAGAUGAAAGUGAUGAUGAAGACGAGGACUUGCGCGGAUUGUCAAGCGAAGAAGAAGACGACGACGAGGAGGAGGAAGAAGCCGAAAAGGAUAUCAAGAGCAAGAUCAAAAGAGAUGGACAUUUGGUGAACAAGACAGUUAUCUCUAGCGAAGCCAGGGCUAGCAAGAAAUCCAAGAAGAGAGGUAUUAUAUAUCUUGGUAGACUUCCACAAGGAUUCCAAGAACCAGAAAUGAAGAAAUACUUCAGCCAAUUUGGAAGCAUCAUAAACUUAAAAUUAUCAAGAAACAAGAAGACCGGUAAGUCCAAGCAUUAUGGUUUCAUAGAGUUCGAGAACUUCGAAAUAGCCAAGAUAGCAGCCGAAAGUAUGAACAACUACUUGAUCUUCGGACAUUUGUUAAGAUGUGAGGUCGUUGAGACUGCUAACGAAGACUUGUUUAAAAACACCGAGAAGAAUUUCAAGGUAAUCCCAUGGAAAAAGAUCUCCAAGCAUAAAAACGACAAGCCCAAGAGCAAGGAACAAUGGGGUAAGUUGGUCGAGAAGUACGAAAACCAGAAGUUGAAGAAGCAAACCGAGUUGAAGGAGAAGGGUAUCGACUUUGACUUGAAUAGCUUAUAA